AUGCAAGUUUCAGUUAAGGGAGGCAAUGGCGGUGAUGGUUGUGUAGCAUUUUUGCGUGAAAAAUUUAAGUCACGAGGUCCACCCUCAGGUGGCAAUGGAGGUAGAGGUGGUCACAUAAUAUUUGUCGCAUCGGCAAAUCACUCAUCGUUACAUUCAGUUAAAAGGCAGCUCGUUGGUGGUAGAGGCGAAAAUGGAAAAGGAAAUAUGAGAAAUGGAUCAGCUGGUAAAGAUAUAACAAUACCAAUACCUUUAGGAACGGUUAUUAAAGAAAUUGAGCCACCAUCAUUGAAGAGAAAAACAAUAAUAAAUGAGGAUGAAAUUAAUGAAAUUAAUGAAGAAACAUUGAUUGAGAAACGGCGUAAAGCUACAUGGGUCCAUUACCCAAAAUACGAUGAAAAAAAUCCGCGCAGUACAUUUUUUCUCGAAGCCGAGAGAAUGGUUGAAGAAGAAUAUCAGUUACGUCAAUUGCAAAAAAAAAAAGAUACAGAAAAUAAACUCACGUUAGAUUUAUCUGUGCCAAACGUACAAUAUAUCGUCGCGCAUGGAGGUUCGGGUGGAAGGGGAAACCCCUAUUUCCAAACAAAUGCAAAUCGAUCACCGAAAUUUGCGACAAGAGGUUUAGAGGGACAACAUAGAUUCCUUGAACUUGAAAUUAAAACAAUAGCAGAUGCAGGUCUUGUAGGUCUUCCAAAUGCAGGAAAAUCUACAUUUCUAACAGCCAUUUCUAAUGCGCAUCCCAAGAUUGCCCCAUAUCCUUUUACGACUCUUAAUCCAUUUAUUGGUACAGUGGAUUAUGCGGAUAGGUAUCAAUUAACAGUUGCAGACAUACCUGGUAUAAUUCAUGGUGCUCACAAAAACAUUGGACUCGGACAUUCGUUUCUUCGACACAUUGAAAGAUCCAGAAUUUUAGUAUAUGUUAUUGAUUUAUCGGGAAUCACUCCGUGGGAAGAUUGGAAAGUAUUGCGAGAUGAACUCGAAUUAUAUAAAAAAAGAUUGACAGAAAAGCCAUCGUUGGUAGUAGCUAAUAAAGCUGAUAUUACUGAGAGAGCUAAACGAAAUUUACCCAUUAUAUUAAGCAAAGCAAAGGAAUUCGAAGUAGAAAACGGACAAAUGCUUGAGAUUGUUCCGAUAUCGGCAAACUAA